AUGGGUAAUGAUCAAAAUUUAAGAACUUGCGAACCCAUUCGCGUUGAACUCUGUAGAGGAUUAGGAUAUAAUAUGACGGGAAUGCCAAAUUUAGUGGGUCACGAUCUUCAAGGAGAUGCGGAUUUUACACUACAAACAUUUUCACCCUUGAUUCAAUACGGAUGCAGUGGACAGUUGCAUUUUUUUUUAUGUUCGGUUUACGUACCCAUGUGCACGGAAAAAGUUGCAACUCCUAUCGGACCCUGUAGGGGUUUGUGCGAAUCCGUACGAUCGAGAUGUUUUCCCGUGCUGCAGGGUUUCGGUUUUCCAUGGCCGGCAGCAUUGGACUGUUCAAAAUUUCCGCAAGAGAAUAAUCACGAGCACAUGUGCAUGGAAGGUCCCGGAGAGAAAGAUAUGGAAAUAAAUAACGCUGUUGCUCCGACUCAACCCUCUCCACGGAAUUCUCUCACGUCGAGGAAUAACGUACACGUUGCUCCCUGCGCAAAAUAUUCAAAAUCGAAUCUUUACGUUUACGUUAAUCGAAGUGGUAGAUGUGCGCCGCUCUGCGAUAAGGACGUGCUUUUUACCGCCAACGAUAAAAAACUAGCAGAAGUUUGGCUUUCCGUAUCUGCAGCAUUGUGCUUUCUGUCGUCACUCCUUGCCGUUUUCACAUUCUUAGUCGAUUCCGGAGGCGGACGAUUUCGAUAUCCAGAGCGACCGUUAGUUUUUCUCGCUCUGUGUUAUAACUUAGCCAGUGUCGGAUGGGGAGUUCGUGCCGCAGCUGGAAGAAAUGCAGUUGCCUGUCAUCCAGAUCCGAAUUACACGUCGCAGCUGCUUUUAUCUCAAGACGGCCUUGGAAAUGCAAAUUGCGCUGUCGUAUUUUUGCUGUUGUACUAUUUCGGAAACGCAGCCUCUGUAUGGUGGGUGGUUUUAACCGUGGCUUGGUUUCUCUCAGGAACAAAGAGAUGGGCUCACGAAAGAAUACAACAACAUUCAUCAUUAUUUCAUCUUGCCGGAUGGGGAUUGCCAGCAGUACAAACGAUAGCCGUUUUGGUACUUCGAGACGUGGAUGCUGACGAAUUAACCGGAACGUGCUACGUCGGUAACCAAAGAACUCGUUCGUUGCUAGUCUUCGUAUUGGUACCACAGUUCCUGUAUUUAAUUUUGGGAGCGUCUCUUCUCGCGUGCGGAUUACUCGCACUGUCGAGAAGAAAACCAACAAUCGUCAGAAGAGACAUAAAAAGCAAUAUAAUAGCUGAUAAAAAUGAAGCCGUCAUACUCAGAUUGGGAGUUUUCGGUGUUUUGUACACGAUACCCGCCGUGUGCGUCGUGGCUAGUUUGAUAUACGAAUAUUAUUUUAGAGACGAUUGGUUGUUGUCGACGGAAAGAACGAGGCCUCAACCUAAACCUAGCAUUUGGAUUUUCCUACUUCGGAUAUUCAUGUCCCUCGUCGUCGGCGUCACGUCAAUUAUUUGGGUUUGGUCGCCGAAAGUUAUGAGAGCGUGGAAAAGACUGUUUAGGAGAUUGGGUUCCACGGGACAAUACAAACAAGCUCCCGUUAAAUGUCAACCGACUCUUCAUUAUUAUCCUCCCGCACCGCCCCCUCCGGCUCAAAGACUUUACAAGCACAAACAUAAUCAUUCAUACCGGAAACAGCAAAGGAUGUUACACGGAAACGAAACGUUAACCGCCGUAUGA